AUGGGCUCUCCAUUACCUCCCGAUCCAUAUGCCGCCCUCGGCCUCUCCAAAGAUGCCGACUCGACCGCCAUCAAGACCGCCUACCGCAAGCUGGUGCUGAAGACGCAUCCUGACAAGUUCCCCGACCCUGCGCAGAAGGCCGAGAAGGGCGCCGAGUUCCACAAGAUCCAGCAAGCCUACGAAAUCCUCGGUGACGACGACAAGCGGGAACGCUACGAUGCUCAGGUCCGCCUCGCCGAGCUGCGGAAGGAGGCCAUGGAAAGGCAGCAGGCGAGAGGUGCUGCCAAGGCCGACACGGCCCGUCCAUCUCCUGCUGCCAACUACGACAUCAGAACCCCUUCGGGCACCACCUACGCCACCCGCCCCACGCCCAGAGCUUACGAGGAAUCAAGAACACGCGCCGCCUACGACGACGAUGACCGCUACGAUGAGCAGCCUCGCGUCAAGUCCCGGAGUACCAAGCACCAGUAUGUGUAUAGUCGCGGCCGGGAAGAGUCGUCAUCGCGUCGUCCCAGCGCCUUCAACAUCUUCGUGACCACCAACAGCAGCGCAAAGUCCCGGGAUCAGACCAAGAGGAGGGAACGCACAGAGAAAUUCGUACCCGUUUACAAUGACAGCGAUUCCGAGGAGCGUUAUCGCCAGGAGGAUAGGAGGAGAAAAGAGUCUCUGCGUCAAGCCGCCGAAGACGAGGACCGGAAACAACGCGAGAAAGAGAUGUUCAGGAGACAGGCCGAGGCAGCCGCGCGCCGGGACGAAGAACUGGCUAGAGAGAGAGAGCGGGAACGUGCUGCUGCUCGCGGAAGGGAAACCUCUCGCAGAUCAUCAAGUCGUCGGCCUGAGGUUGAUUCGUACGAGAGGAAGUACAUGGACCAAGACGCGGCAGCGAAGGAGUACAUGUCAAAACAUCAUCGCGGUACAUCUGUUCCGCCAGAUGAUGCGCCAACCCGCACUUCGGCGAGUCGCUCAACAAAAUAUGCCCAGGUCCGGCCGAAGGAAAAGAGCUCGUCCAAACGGUCGGCUUCGAAAGAACCGUGGAUCCUUUCAGGCUUCAGGCACGGACACGGUAGCCGGGACAAGUCGCGGAAGCCGACGCGAUCGGCUGAAGCCGAGUACGAUGAGGAUCCGAGAAGACCUACACUUGACAAGGCUGACUCUUCGCCCGCUACCCUAAAGCAAACGCUGCGCGGCGAGACUCAGCGAUCUGCGACCGUUGAUUCGUACGACGUGCGCAGGGAAAGAGACGAAACUCAGGCACCACCCAAGAUGCGCCGGGCUGAGACAAUGCCCGCCACGAAAGUUGCGCGCCACGAGGAGAAGUCGAAGGCUAACACAUCCAAGCUGCGUACCGACAUGCGCGCCGAGGCUCCAAGGCACACCAUGCAUGACUCUGGCUACUCAUCGCCCAGCACGCCUUCUAUCUCUGACAGGGAAAAAGAGAAGGAAAGCCGAAAUGCAGCCGCAUCUCGAAUGACGAGGACUGCGUACCGGUAUGGCGCUGAUGGCGGCGUUGCAGUGACCACGGACGAUGAUGUCUACAACACUGUCACUGUUGAGCCGACAAGCAGCAGCGAGCGUAUUACCCGCAAGCCCGUUAGCCGUUCUCCAAUCGGCGAAAGGCACCCCGAGCGUGACAGUGACGACAGUGGCCGCGAAAGGAUGCCUAGCGCCCGCACCCUGCAGCAGGAGAAGACCGCUCGCUACACGUACCCCGUCGAGACCGAAACGCGCAGGCCACAUCUGUCACGCGCAACCACGCAACAAGUUCCAUCGGGUCGAUCGCCCCAGAAGGAUGUCUAUGAGCGUGGUCGCAGUCGCACCUACGGCUCCCCCGAUUAUGCGCGUGGCCAGUCGCAUGACGAUCGUGGUUACGAGCGCAGCAGUCGCUCAGGCGUCCUCUACGCCGAGAUCCCGAAACAUGCUGGGACGCCGUUGCGUCGGGAAGAGAUUCCCACUGUCCGCCCCGGGAUGAGGCGUGGCGACAGCUACACCGCCCAGGACGUUCAGUACGCUCGUAAAUUCACCGAGGCCGACAUUCGCUACGCUCCUCGGGGCGCCCGCGAAAGGAGCGCGUAUGCCUUUCCCAACGUAGAGGUGCCCCGACCUCCUAUGGCCCGUGGACAGACAGUCAUGUAG